CAUUGCCAUGGGCACACAGUGACACACGCAGGGCUGUCGGUCUCGGUGUCUGCCUGAGACAUUUUCACCUCCACUGUGAAACAGUAAAUCAGUCGAUCAUAAUUCAUAACCUAACCACUUUAUCUGCUCUCCCAACUUCUCGUUACGUUCUUGGCCGUCUCUCUGGAACUCGCAGCCAUCUGAGACCAAAACUCAAGAUCGCAUCUUCCUUCCGGCAAUGGCGGAAGCUCAAACCGAGAAAUCCCUGACCCUAUCUGAGCAAUAUUUGUUGGAGAAAGAGAAGCCUGAUGUGACUACAAAAGCUGUGGAAGCAAAAGAAGUUGAAAAUCCAGCAACUUCUGCAUCCAAGGAAGUUGUCUCUGAGAAAGUGGAGGAAACACCAGCUGCUGCUGCUGAGGAAAGCACCGAAGCCCCACCUGCUGAAGUUGCUGCCAAAGAAAGCACUGAGGCCAGUUCUGCUGUUGUAGGUGGUGCUGAAGAUGCUCCUGCUGAGGAAAGCAGUGAAACCACUGAAGAGAAUUCUGGUGAUGCUGAAGAGACACCUGAGAUAAAGCUUGAGACUGCACCAGCAGAUUUUCGAUUCCCAACUACAAAUCAAACAAGGCAUUGCUUUACUCGAUACAUUGAAUAUCAUCGCUGCAUAGCUGCCAAGGGAGAAGGUGCCCCAGAGUGCGAUAAGUUUGCAAAAUAUUAUCGCUCACUAUGCCCUGGUGAAUGGGUAUGUAUCUUUCAGGCUAUUUCUCUCAUGUAAUCCUCGUUUAUUUAUUUGCUUGUUUCCUUUUUGCUCUUAUGAUGACAAGUUUUUUUUUGCUGAACUACUGCUAUUCCUUACUCACCUGUGUUAUAUGCGGUGAGGCUUGUGCCCUCCUAUCAUGUGGACAGAGGUGUUUUUUACGGCAAUACUGGCCUUUAGUUGAGGAUAUGCUUAUGGUAAUGGCACUGUCAGAUCAGAGUGUGAAAUAUGUCUUAAGUGAAUCAUUUUACUUGUUGGAAAGGUUUUUCUUUCAUUUUUAAUAGAUGGUUUUUACUUGUUGAUACAACGACUUGUCAUGAUAAAAGUUGAGGCAAAAGAAGAGGUAGGAAAAAAAUGUUUGGCUUUAUCCACUCCACUUGAUUGAAUUUUUUAAAACCAGAAUACACCAAUAAAUUAGUGCUUUGGUUCCAUAUCUUUUAAGAUUUUGCCAGAAGAUUAUCUCUGGUCUAUCAUACUUUGACUCUAAAAAAUGAAGAGCUGGUUCUAUGUUAAGUCCAAAUGUCUCUGAGGUUGAAAGAAACCAUGUUUGUUUACAAUACAUUAUGAUGUGCAUU